AUGAGAGAUUCUUAUCGCCCAUUGAAUAUGCUUAGCAAAUGUAGUAUUGGAUGGAGUGCAUAUGACAAGAUUGCAUUUGCUAUUGAAAAACCAAAUGAUUCGGAAGACCAAUCUAGGUCAAUAUCAUCUCCAAGCAAUCAAUUUAGGAUUAUGCAAAGGAGAAUAUCUCCUAUUAUCAUUGAAACUCGUAACGAAGGUCACUAUCAGUUACAGCAAAAAACUGGUAUUGCCUCUCUUCCCACUUUCGAUUACAAAUCCUUUUCAUACCUUGCUGAAAAUUACAUAAUUUCAAGUCUUGAUAUUGUAUCCGCAUGUGAACAUAAUGCCAAGAUUGCAUGGGAUGUUCAAAGAUUUAGAACUGCACAAACCUGGAAAAUAAUACAGCUUUUAUAUGGAAAUUUGGAACCUAUGAACAAAUCAGGGUCUACUCAUGAUGUUACUGAUGAAAAUUUGUUAAAAGAGUCAUUUCUCACUAAUCCUUCAGUGGAAACAAAAUCAUUAAAAGAUUUAAAUAAAGAUUUAAAUACUGUAACGGAAAAACCUAACGAGACUCUGGUUGAAGAUGAAGAUUCAUUAUUUGAAUCUGAUGGAGAAGAGGAGGAAAAUCGGGUGAAAGAAUCUGAUAAUGAAGAUGUUCAAAAAUCUCCACGUAAUUCUAUUAAAAUGACAAGUCGUACUGUUCAGACAACAUAUAAUUCAACAUUAUAUCGGAACUGGGAUAAAGAACCAAUGAUAGCACAAUUAUUAGACUAUUACGCAGAACAGGGUGAUGUACAGAUGUGUGUCACUUUGGUUUUAGUACUUGGUGAUAGGAUUAAAAUAAACCAGGAGAGAUUAGAACAAUGGUUUUUUUCUUAUAUUGAAUUGCUACAUAGAUUUCAACUCUGGUGUGGAGCUACACAUAUCAUUUCAUCUAGCAAAAUUUCUUCAGUUGAGAUGAUGAAUCAGCAAUCCACAACAAUAUAUACGACGUGUAACAACUGUUUCAGACCAAUGCUUAACUAUAGAAGUGGAUAUUGGAUAUGUGAAAAAUGUCGGAAGAUGCUAAAUCCCUGUUCAAUAUGUCAUAAUACAGUGAAAGGAUUAUAUACUUGGUGUCAAGGUUGCAGCCAUGGAGGACACCUUAUCCAUAUGCAAGAAUGGUUUUUG